AUGGCUAUGCAGCGGCCGUUUCUGGCCGUGGCUCUGAUCUGGCUGAGAUUCGCCAGCAUCGUCAGCUGCUUGACUGUCAAGGGGACCCCGUUCCCGAGUCUCAUUGAUGUUACCAUCGAUGAGCUGGCGGAAGGCCUGGAAAACGGCCUCUUCACCAGUGUCGAUCUUGUGAACGCCUAUCUCGGGCGCAUCGGCCAAGUCAACAGCACCUUGAAUGUCGUGACGGAGGUUAACCCCGACGCGGUCUCCAUCGCAGCGGACUUGGAUGCCCAGCGGGCCAACGGCACUAUCAAGGGACCGCUUCAUGGGAUUCCAAUCCUCAUCAAAAACAAUAUUGCGACGGCUGACCAGAUGAAUAACACUGCCGGAUCGUGGGCUCUAGUUGGCGCCAAGGUUCCCCAGGACAGCUUCAUGGCGAAGAAGCUUCGUGAGGCUGGAGCGAUCAUUCUGGGCAAGACAAACCUCAGCCAGUGGGCAAACUACAGAAGCAACAAUACCAGCAACGGCUGGUCUGCUUACGGCGGACAGGUUUAUGCGGCCUACUACCCGCAGCAAGAUCCCAGUGGAAGCUCGAGUGGCAGCGGAGUGGCAUCGGACUUGGGACUUGCCCUCGCAGCGCUGGGUACUGAGACUGACGGUUCGAUUGUCUCCCCUUCACAACGCAACAACCUUGUGGGGAUCAAGCCCACAGUCGGCCUGACUUCUCGACAUCUCGUGAUCCCCAUCAGCGAGCACCAGGACGCCAUAGGACCGAUGGCCCGGACGGUCAAGGACGCAGCUUACAUCCUCCACGCCAUUUCCGGUGCAGAUCCCAAGGACAACUACACGUCUGCAAUCCCCAACAACGGCGAGAUCCCCAACUACGCAGCCGCUUGCGACAUGUACGCUCUUCGCGGCGCUCGCAUCGGCAUUCCGCGUAACGCCAUAGAGCUCUUCUCCGACAACACCACCGGCACGGAGACUGAUGCCUUCGAGGCAGCCCUUGAAGUCUUCAAAUCAGCCGGUGCGACCAUAGUCGACAAUGCCAAUUUCACCGCGGCAGCCCAGCUAGCUAACUCAACCUCGGAGACAAUCGUGUUGAACGCAGACUUCAUCACCAAUCUCGCAGCCUACUUGGCCGAGCUCAGCUUCAACCCCAACAACGUGACAUCCCUCGCGGAUGUCCGCAAAUUCACGCAGUCGUUCGGUCUUGAGGACUACCCAGACCGCAACACGGCCAUCUGGGACGACGCCCUGGAUGUGCAGGGCUUCAAUAACACCGACCCGCGGUUCUGGGCCGCGCUGCAGGAGAGCAACUACCUCGGCGGCGAGGGCGGCCUGCUUGGUACUCUGGAGAGGCACAAGCUCGAUGCUGUGAUCCUGCCGACGAGCUUCUCCAGCACCUGGGCGGCCAUCAUCGGGGCGCCGGUCGUGACGGUCCCGCUUGGGUUCUACCCGGCGAACGCGACGGUUAUUAAGAAUCGAAGGGGCAAUCUGGUUGACACUGGCCCGCACGUUCCGUUCGGGAUCAGCUUUCUUGGGGCCAAGUUCCAGGAGGCGAAGCUCAUCGGGCUGGCGUACGCCUAUGAGCAGAGGACGUUGACCAGGUCCAAGGUCCAGCCGUACAUCACGCCGAACAUUGAGAUUGGCGACUAUGCUGGGUACUAA